AUUUUUUUUAUUAUAUAAAAGAAAUUAUAUAUUUGAAACAACCCGUUUCUAUUCAAACUUUUAACAAUUGAAAAAUAAACCGGCGGCAUAAAAGUCUCGUUUCUUCUACCACGCCGGUGAUUUUCCCCCAAAUUCUCCGGCUUAAAGAUGGAAAGCAGUAUAAAGGAUGAACUAUACUCUGACAUUUUCGAUAUGUCAAAUCUUCAAUCAAGUCUUAGGCCGACUACCAAUUUGGGAAACGAUGAUCCACAUGAGAGCGAGUGGUGCGACGUGUGGAGUGAUAAUGGAGAUUCGUGCGAUGAUUCUACUGAUAAACCGGAUAAAACAUCUGAAAUGGACAGGGAAUGGCAGAGGCGGCAUGACCGAUUCCACACUGUCGGAUACCGUGAGGGUCUUAUGGCAGGGAAAGAAGCUUCAGUUCAAGAGGGGUUUAAUGUUGGCUUUACGGACUCUGUAUAUGUUGGUUACAACUGGGGUCUUGUCAGAGGUAUAACUAGCGCUUUGGCCUCACUUCCCAACGGCUUAAUAGAAAGAAUGGUUGAUACAAAGGAAAUCCAGAAUAAGUUCCAGCAGUUACAUGACUCUGUGCAAUCUCGUUCAACAGUGGAAAUGCUUAAGGUGUUUUAUGAUGAUCUUACAAGGAAAUCGGAAGAGAGUGCUAAAAAUGACAACUCUAGCACCUGCUUGGCGGAUUCCAGAGACCUCAGCUCCAAUGACAGUCUUCUUGAGAAUUACCAGAAAGAGCUACAAUCACUUAUUAAUGAAUCAGGGCUUAAAUUGCACUUAGAUACAAAAGAGUAGCUUUUUGUUUUCUUGCUUUACUCGUUGAAGUCACUUCUAGUUUUCAUCACAAUCCAAGAAAAAAAAACAAUUACACUUGAAUGCAUAGUUUUUAAAUAAUAUGUUUCUAUUUUCCAACAUUUUAUGAGUGGUUUUAAUUAAACAUGUAUUGUACUCUGAAGAGAAAUUACUUUUUGUGCCUU